AUGCCCGAACUCAAGGCUGGAGACGCUUUCCCCGAGGGUGUUACCUUCUCCUAUAUCCCCUACACCCCCGAGAUUAGCGAUGUGACCGUCUGCGGCCGUCCCCAAAACUAUGAUGUCUCCAAGAACCUUGCCGACAAGAAGGUCGUCAUCGUCGCCAUUCCCGGCGCCUUCACCCCUACUUGCUCCAGCGCCCAUCUCCCCUCCUACAUUGCCAACAUCGACAAGCUCAAGGCUAAGGGUGUUGACCAUGUCAUCUUCAUUGCCCACAACGACGCAUUCGUGAUGUCCGGCUGGGGCAAGGUCAACGGCGUCAAGGAUGACUCCAUCCUCUUCAUGAGCGACCCCAACGUUGCCUUCUCCUCUCAGAUUGGCUGGGCCGGUCCUGAGAGGGCUAACCGAUAUGCCAUUGUUGUUGACCAUGGCAAGGUUAUUUAUGCUGCUAAGGAGGUUGAUCCCGGUAUUGCCCUCACUGGUGCCGAGGCCGUCCUCGCCAGGCUCUAA